AUGAUUGGGGUGGGAGCAAAUAUCGGUUAUGACAAAAGUAAUCUGAUGUCUGCUUUCAGCGACCCAUUUGAAUACGAAUGCGGGCAUCCACAGUGCCAGAAUCCAGUAUCGUGGAAUGGGAUGAGGGUAUUCCCAAGAACACCGCGUCAAUCAGCCCGAGCGUUUGCAAUGAUAAGAAGAUGGGGAAAACCGUCGGAGUUGCUGGUUGCACACCAUUUGAACAACGAGGAAAUGGACCAACUCAUUCAAAUAAAGGAUAUCAUGUCGGUUCUACAAAUGUACGGCAGAUGCCCCGUUAUUCAGAAGGAGCUUAUAGCGAAGGACGCGCCAUUUAGAACGAAGAUUGCCGUGGAAAUGACGGAAAUAAAGAAAAAAUGGGAGCAGGAGAGGGCACAACUGGAAAGCUCGUCGAGGGUGACGUUAGUGCCCAUGAGUUUGAAGCAGUACGCAAAUGAAUGUGGAUGGCGCACGUAUCAAACCGGAAGCGAGCUGAUGAAGGAGGCGGACAGAAGAGUAAAUUCGGUAGUGAUUCUCGUGGAACUGAAAGAAGGGACGCAAGAAGCCAUCAACCAGUUGCUAAGAAGCAAGGAAGGUCGUCGAAUCGUGUUGGUGCCGAUGGAGUUUGAGGAGAAGAAAACGAUUAGCGAAAGUAUGGCGGACAUGGACUUCUGGGAGAAGCAGUUUGAUGAGUGGGAGAAGAUGGGAGCAGCCGUGCUGCGGCCGAAACAGAAAACACGAAGUCAAGAAUUCUUGGGAAUCCAAAUUAGACCGGCGAACAUCAACACAAAAGAGCGAACUAUGGCGGAAUUGAUGGAGUUGGUCGAAGUUUACCGGGAGUUAAUGCCGGAAUUGGAGUCUAUGGUAGCGGAUACGAUGGAGAUUCGGAGGCGGUGGACAGCGUGGACGGCAAAGGCGAACCAAGAAGGAAAGGGUAGAGCGGAGAAACGAGGACCGUCGCCGCAGAUAUCGUAUCGGCAAGGACAUAAAUCCAAGAUGGGAAGCGAAUUGAACAAGAGUUCCUCAUCGUCUGACAGCACUGAUCACUCGUUCGAAUAUGAUGCACUGCCAGCGUUUAAACAUGAUAUGAUGUUGACGGACAUCAACGACGCUGGUCUCAAGCGUCUCGCCGACAUUACUGGAAUUGAGAAUCUCAGUGUUGGAGCAUUCUCAUCUCCUGCAUUUCCAGUGGAAGGUCUCAUCUUUGGACCGAAUAAUCGACUAAUGGUGUGCCUCAACUGUCGUCGUGCCAAGAAGCCUAAUGCGCCAAUCGUCAAAGUCUGGUUUUUGGUGGAUAGUGGAUCAAAUUGCACAUUUCUCGACGAGAAAACGAUCAGCAAACUCACGGGCUCUGACGCGAUUCCUUCGGCUCUUCAAGUCGCCAUUCAGGAUGAAAAUUCUGUGAUCGAAUGCGCCCUCUCGCACAGCCAUUUCAAGGAAGCGAACGUAUUGGGGAUGUUGGCUAUGCGUAAAAUGAACUUGACGAUCGACAGCGUGAAUUGGACUGAAGAGACUUGGCGCCUUGUGAAACAGUGA